AUGUCCUCGUUUGUAAGAAGACGUGCACCAGCUCAAGCAAAACCCGUACAGGGAACUCGUUUGGUUCCAGGAUCAUCGUCGCUGCUCCAAGUCUCCACAGGCUUGCAAUCCCUCGACGAUCUUCUCGGUGGCGGGCUGCCACUGGGCCAGGUACUGGUCAUAUUGGCACCAGAUUAUCACUCUUCGUGGGGAGAACUAGUCGCCCGGUACUUUAUUGCUCAGGGAUUGUCGUCCGGCCAUCGCGUCUUGGUCUCUGAUCGUAAUCCGGCCCAAUUCGUCGCUGGAUGUAUGUGGCAUCCAGGCUCUAGUCGUGACCAGAAUACAAAAGGGGUGGAUGAAAAAGAAGCAGACGAACAGCCGGCGGAUGAGCAAGAAAAGGUCAAGAUUGCCUGGCGCUACGGGCAUAUGAAGCAAUUCAAGACGACUGUAGAGUCUACAGACGGGACAGAGGAUUACUGCCGUACCUUUGACCUUGCUGCAACGAUUCCAAAUGCAAUUAUAUCUCGAGCAGUGGAUGACAACCUACUCUCCUACGAGGAGACCGCGCCGCAGACGACAUCAGAUCCGUCAAAAGCCAUUUUACAGAAACUCCGAAGCCUCCUCAAUGCUGACGGCCAGGACAAAGCCCCGCUUCGAGUCUGCGUCAACAAUUUAGGUGACUUCCCCUGGGGACGGCUCCAUGGUCGGGACCUUCUUAAGUUUCUCCUCCAUCUGCGAUCAUCGAUAAGGGACACGACAGCAUGCGCCCUCGUCACUCUCCCACCGCAUCUAUCACACCCUGAGUUCAUUCCUGGUUGGAUUCAGAAGCUCUCGCAUCUUUCCGAUGGGUGCAUGACCUUUCAGGGCAUCACGUCCGACGCGGUCCUCGGAUCGACAUUUCCUUCAUACAGUGGUUUGCUCACGGUCCAUUCGACACCUAGUCCACACACUUUACUCGACCCAUCACGACGCUUCUCACAGCUGCGGGGUCUCGACGUCUCCGGGAAAGCGGAGAACAAUUUGGCGUUCAAGUGUAUGCGCAAGCGAUUCGUGGUCGAGACACUACACCUUGACGUAGAGGGCGGGGUCGGAGAACGUAGGACGACUCCAGCUGUACCUGUCUCUGUUACUUCGUCUGUGACCGUUGGUGCAGCACCUCGUCUUCACACCGACUCGUUGACCUCUGGCUUUGCCAAGGUAUCGAUAGAGGCCCCGCAUCCUCUUCCUACGUCGACUAGUGCAACGGAUGGACAGACGGGUGAAAAUAAACCAAAGAAGGCUCGUAAAAAAGUUGCAUUCCACUCUGAGAGUGCCGAUUUCGAGUUUUAA